AUGAUCCUACUGCAGGACAACCCAGUGUAUAGGGUGCGAGCAAGAGCUUUCUCCGGUCUCCGGAUGGCACAGUUCCUCUAUCUGCCCUCCUGGGUCAAGGUCAGUCGUCUUCUCAGGGUUUCCCCUGAGCAUCUGGGUCUGCGGAACGUGACUCAGAUCUCCAUCCAGGAGUCUGACCUGGGACAACUGCGGGACCUGGCAUUCGAAGGCCUGCGCAACGUGGGCGAGCUACGCAUUUUCAACAAUAAGGUAGAUGACUUGGAGUCACUGGAGGUGAGAGAGGAAGCCAAUGUGGAUGGAGUGUUGGUGCGUGGUAACCACUUCCUACACGUUAUCCAAGAAAAGCCCUUCAGGAUCCACGCCAACGAUCGAACAGUUUUUACGGAGAACUUCGUUCCGUGCACAUGCCAGCUGUGGUGGGUUUUGGAUUCCCCCUUAGUAGCGCGCAUGAACCUCUUCACACGCCACAAUUAUUGUGUAUCUCCUUACCCCUUACACGGAGAACCUAUCGACAAGGUACCAUUGCAUCAACUGGAUCGCUGCCCCGCCCCUCAGGAGCUACAACUACCUAAGAGCAGCGAGGCGUCCAGUACAGCAGGCCAACGGCUCAUCCCUUACUUGCUUCCUCUCGGCAUGCCUGCUCCGCUGUUACUGCAGCUGCUGCUACUUCUGUUGCUGCUGUUGCUCACUGACUGCUGA